UUUCCCACUUCGUGCAGCCCAUCCCUCUUCUUUGAGUUCUUUACCUCUUCCCCUUUCUUUUCUUUCCCUUGUUCUUUCUCCCCCCUUUCUCAGUUCUCACGCACGCUAGACCGGGAGUAGUGAUUGAGAGAGAGACACAGAGAUCAGGCCGUGAGAGAUGCGAUUUUGAGAGGGAGAUUCCGAGCAUGACGCAGAGAAGAAAAGAAGUAGAAUAGAUGAAGAAGGAGGAGUUCGGCCAUGGGGGAGAAACCAACGAAAAUCAGCAAGAAACGAAAAUUGUUCUCUUGAAUGACAAUAAAACCAUACAAUAUCAAAAGCUAGGAAGGUGUUUGGGCUGGAAAACGCGUGUCAACAUCAUUUUGGGAAUAGCUCGUGGGCUUCUCUAUCUUCACCGUGACUCCAAAUGGAAGAUCAUUCACAGAGAUCUGAAACCAAACAACAUUCUUUUAGACGAGCAGAUGAACCCCAAAAUAUCUGACUUUGGCUUAGCAAGGAUUGUUGGAUGCAUAGAAACCGGGGUAGUUAAAACUUUUGACUAUACGUCUUCGGAAACCGAGGAAAUAGUUACCACAAUAGCUGGAACUAUUGGCUAUAUGUCUCCGGAGUCACUAGCUCAUGGAAUUUUCUCAACCAAAUCCGAUGUUUAUAGCUUUGGUAUACUUCUUCUUGAGAUUAUAAGUGGAAGAAGGAGUCUUGAAUUUACUAUGUCAGAACAUAUGAACCUUUCAGAAUAUGUGUGGAGAUUGUGGGGAGAAAACAAGGUGUUGGAUUUAAUAGAUCCAACUCUACAUGAAGUUUGCAAUGCAGAUCAGUUUGUGAAGGGUGUACAUAUUGGACUCUUAUGCGUGCAAGACGACCCAAAUGACCGUCCCGCCAUAUCAAAUGUUAUUACCAUGCUUGACAGUGACACUGGAGCACUUCCAACUCCAAAGCAGCCUGCAUAUGUUUCAGGCCUUUGUAGCACAGUUAGUUCUUCUAGGAUAAUGGAAACAUAUACGGAAUUAACAAAUAGUCUUCAAGGAAGAUAAUGAUUGAUACCAAUUAAUGCAAAGAUUUAUGCUUGUAAGAAUUUGUGCAUGUGUCUAUCUUUUCCUCUUAAA